GACGGCAGUGUUGAUUACAGCUGGAUUCACGAGCUCUGCGUUUCUUAGUCUGUUCUUUCUAUCUUAUAUUAUAUACACUCUCCGUUCCUUGACCAAAGUCACACCUCGCGUGGUUAAAACUCUGCAAUCUCUGGGACUCUCCCCCAAACACUCAAAAGGCUCUCACUCUGUUUUUCUCACACAACAAGCUAAAGGGAAAGAACACUGUUUGUUCCAUCCAAAUCCAACAAUGGAAGUUGGGAGCGCUCUUUUGUCAGUAACGUUCGAGGUAUUGCUCUCGAAGUUGAAUUCCUCUGUAAUGGAAUGGGUGAAGUUACCAAAGAUCGUUCGUGCCGAGAUGCAGAACUGGAGUAGUCUUUUGCCAAAAAUUGGUGUUCUACUUGAAGAUGCCGAAGAGAAGCAAGAAACAGACCGCGUGGUGAAGUUAUGGCUUGCUGAUUUCAGGGAUUUGGCAUAUGACAUGGAGGACAUGCUUGAAGAGGUCGAGAUUGAUGCCAAGAGGUCUGAGCUGACUGCAAAAGCCCAAGCCAGCACAAGUAAGCCACGGCAACUGACCUAUCCCAAAUUGUUUAAUAAGGUUACAAGGUUCAGGGCUGAUCGAGAUCGAGAGAUGGCUUCCAGAGUGAAGGAUAUAACUGCUAGAUUGCAAAAUAUUGAGGCCAACAUAAGUAAGUUGGGCCUGAUCAGUUCGACUAUGAGAACUGGAGACAAGUUUCACAAAUUAGCUGCAGAAAGAUUGCCCACUACUCCUUCACCUGAACAUCAUAUCUGUGGUAGGGAAAAUGAAAAAGAGGCUAUUCUUAAGAUGUUGCUCACUGAUGAAAGCAAAGAUGAGCCAUACUCUGUUAUUCCCAUUGUUGGAAUGGGAGGAUUGGGCAAGACCACUCUUGCUCGGCUUGUUUAUAAUGAUGAAAAAUUGAAGGGCAUGUUUGGAUUAAAAGCAUGGGCUUGUAUUUCUGAGCAAUUUGAUGUUUUACGAAUAACAAGAUCCAUUUUGGAGCAAGUAACUGGGAAAAAGUGUGACUUAGAAGAUCUUUCUUCACUUCAAGACAGAUUGAAGGAGAAGUUCUCUGGCCGAAAGUUCUUUCUUGUACUAGAUGACAUUUGGAAUAAAAAGUAUGGCUUGUGGGAUGAGUUGCGGAAGCCUUUUUUGUCAGGAGCAUUUGGAAGUAAAAUAAUCAUCACAACUCGAGAUGAAGAUAUUGGGAAGAUGAUGAAGGGAAAUGAUAAAGUUUACAGCUUAGAAUUGCUAGAGAAUGAUGCAUGUUUAUCACUAUUUGCACGUCAUGCACUGGGGGUAGAAAACUUUGAUGCAUACCCAAAUCUCAAAGGAGUAGGUGAGAAAAUUGUUAAAAAGUGUAAAAGAUUGCCAUUGGCUAUAAAAACCCUUAGCGGCCUCUUGCGUGGUAAGCCACAUCUUCAUGAGUGGAAAUACAUAUUGAAUAGUAAGAUAUGGGAUUUACCAGAAGACAGUAGUGACAUUCUUCCAGCUCUGAGAUUGAGCUAUAAUCACCUUCCUUCUCCUUUGAAGAGAUGCUUUGGUUAUUGUUCUAUAUUUCCUAAAGAUUAUGAAUUUGAUGAGGCUGAGUUGGUUUUGCUAUGGAUGGCCGAAGGACUUUUGCAACAACAACCACAGAGAAUGAAGCAAACAAAAGACCUUGGGCAUCGCCACUUUCGUGAUUUAUUGUCGAGGGCUUUUUUUCAACGUUCCAGCAAAGAUGCGUCAUUGUUUGUGAUGCAUGACCUCAUGGUUGAUUUAGCCAUUCAUGUUGCUGGAGAAACAUGUUGCACCCUUGAAUUAGAUGGAAAAAUAUCAAAUGUGAGCUUUCAAAAAGCCCGUCAUUUGUCAUUUCCUAGAGGAAAAAGGGAAUUUAUGGUGUCAAAAAGAUUUGAAUUCCUGGAGGAAAAAAGGAAUUUACGUACAUUCUUGCAGUUGACAGAUUCUGACUCAUGGCAUCGGUCUUGUUUCUUAUCCAACACAGUCUUGCAAGAUUUGAUGAAAAAUCUAAAAUGUUUAAGGGUGUUGUCUCUUCCAUAUUACAGGAUAACGAAGCUCUCUGAUCGAAUUGGAGACUUGAAGCAUCUGCGAUUCAUUAAUUUGUCUAGUACACAGAUUGAAAGUCUUCCUGAGUCAGUGGGUUAUCUUCCUUACUUACAAACAUUGUUGUUAAGGAACUGCGAAAAGCUGGGACAUCAUCUUUAAAAGAGAUCCCAUCAGAAAUCAGUAAG